AUGAUGGAUGGAGUUGCAUAUAUCGACUUCCUGAAAAUUUCUUUGAUAUGCAUACUGUGGUAUUUAUGCAGCGCCAGCGACAAUAUCCUGGGGAAGGUCGUUUUAUCAGAUUUUCCCUACCCUAUGACAAUGACAAUGACCCAUUUAGUCACUGCUUCCAUCCUGCUUGGGCCCAUCAGAAGAUUUAUGAAUGUCCCACCAGGGAGACCCAUCGACAAGAGGUAUUUUUAUGUCAUGAUCCUUCCACUAGCGCUAGGAAAGUUUGUCUCUUCAGUAUCAACGUACAUCAGUAUAUGGAAAGUGUCAGUUUCCUACGCACAUACAGUCAAAGCCACGUUACCGUUGUUUACAGUUGUUUUAUCGAGGAUAAUACUUGGGGAAAAACAGACUUGGCCUGUUUAUCUAGCAUUAUUCCCAAUUAUCACCGGUGUGUGUAUAGCCACAGCCACAGAAAUCACCUUUGACCAUAUUGGAUUAGCCAGUUCUGUAUUCGCAACCUUCUGUUUUUCUCUGCAGACCAUUUUUACUAAAAAGUGCCUUAAAGACACAGAAUACCACCACUUAGAACUUCUGACGCUCAUCACUCGGAUAUCAACUGGACUGUUCAUCCCCAUCUGGCUUCUCUAUGACUUUAGGAGGAUUUACUAUGACCUGACAUUUCUGGAGGGAGGGAAAGUGUCGCAGACAUUGAUCAUGCUAACGUGUGCCGGCCUGUUCAACAUGAUGCACAACGUUCUGGCAUUUUCCGUGCUAGCCCUGGUGACUCCACUCAGCUACGCUGUGGCUAAUGCCACCAAGAGGAUUUUCAUCAUCGGAGGAUCACUCAUUAUCCUGCAGAAUCCUGUCGGACCCCUGAAUGUUCUUGGCAUGCUUGUAGCUAUUUUUGGAGUUCUGUUGUAUAACAAGGCUAAAUACGACCAACACCAGGCAGCCCACUACAAGGAAGUGCUCCCGUACGUACGAAGCUCUUCUGAACUGAACAGCCACCACCUGGGCACCCACCACCUUCCACAUUCAAAGAGUGAUGCAGACUUUCUACCAAAUGGACAUAUCACCAGGAACACGGGAAGCAAUGGCGACGCCAACGGGCAUUUGUUGCUGCGGGAUUGGGAAGGGCCGGAUGGGUUUACGCUGAUACCUCUGUCAGACAGACGCAGUGAGGAUGCCAACAGGCCAACACCGAGCUUGGUAAGGGGCGGCAAUGUUACAGACAAAAACAAUUUGACUUUACAUUCCCGAUCUGUGUUUCAUGUUUAA